UCCACCUCCGUCUUAAACACUACACUGCCCGCCCGCAUCAUCCACCUCCAACCUCAACUGUAUCAUCUAUCUUUACCCUUUCUAUCCCGAUCCUCUUUCAGCACCAAUAUACUGCUUGGAAGAUCGCUUUGCUUCUCAACACGCCUUCCAAAACUUCGACCAUGAAGACGAGGUUGAAGUCAGAUCUUUCGGUUCUCUCUCACUCCUUCACCUCCUGAUACACAUUUACAUUCACCACCCCAUUCGGCACAGCCGCGCGAUAAUUUUAGGAACCCAUCCGACUCCCGCACGAAACAACCCCCGCAUUAAGGGUCGCAGCGCUACCGACUUACUCAUAAUCCGAUCUCCGCAAGUCUUCGAGAUAUAUUUUGGACGAACAGUUUCCUGUCGAAGCUUGGAUUUGGGCAUAUCGAAAUGUAUCAAUCUCGUCCUCUAGAUUCAACUUGGGACUUUGGCCCCGCAAUAAGCCUUUUCGCUUCGGAUUGGACCACACAAGGACCUCCCACGCCACUCUCACCGCCUCCGAUCGGCAAACCAUCGCGCAAUGAUGGAUCGACGGAAGAGCUUACAGUGAAGCUAGGGAGCUUCAAUAGGCUCUUCCAAGAGCUGGGGAUGUCCAUCGAAGAUUCUUUGCCCCAUACCCCGCUUCCUCCAGAUCCGGUCAUUGACGAACCACUUACAUCGGAUGAUGCAUUGUACUCCCCGGUCGAUGAUAAUGUCGACAACACAGACGGUAGAGACAGCUACGACGAGGAAUCGGGAAAUGCUCUUCAAGACCCCUUCUCUGGCAUGACCAAGAAGCAAAGGAAACGUGCCCGCAGGCAAGCCGAGCGUGCCCGUAAGAUAGACUACCCGAAGUAUGGACGAGGAUCUUUGGCAGAGGAGGAGAAGGAACGCGAAAAGGAGCGUGCACGCCUAGAACAAGUCUCACAAAUUCAAGCAAACGGCGACGCGAUGCUGGCUCAAGCUGGCGCUCGUUCAAACGUCGGGGCUAAGAUGAGACCAAGCACGCCUGCGCAAGCUUUACCCUCGACUCCAAUCAAACCAACAACUAAAUCAACCCUACAACGGCACAAGACCGAUACACCCGCUACACUCCGCCUCCCCCAAUCGAAUCUCCCGUUACGUUCCUUCAGCUAUAAUUGUGAGCAGUCAUGUGAAUCCACAGCACACAAUCAUGCGACUACCAACGAUGGGACGUCUGGCAAUGUGUAUCAUAAUGCUGGACUUCCUACGAACUCUUACUCACAAUCAACACUGACGAGUCUGAAUUUUACCUUGUCGAACCAGUAUACCACCGCAGGUUCGCAAGUACCGUAUCAUCAUCAACUACCUAAUGGCUUCUUGACCACAAUAAGAGGCUGGCCCGGCAGUUUUACGCCUUCACCCAUUCCAAGGGUAAACAAUCAAGUCCCACUUGGAGUGGUCACGCCCGGCCCAGCCACUCAUCCAUCCCUGAGCAAGACCACGACCAACGUGGUGCCUCGCUCACGCGAGGAUAGAGAUUACGAUUUCCUUAACCAUCUAAUUACUUCAUUCCCCGAAGACAAGAAAUGGCUUGUCUCGCCGAUGCGUUUGACGAACGACAAAUCCUCUCCUGCCGGUCUGCACGUCUUCGUCGACGCAUCGAACAUUCUAAUAGGCUUCAAAGAAGUCAUGAAACGCAUCGGCGGCACGGCCCGCGACAUGUCUUUCGACUGCCUCGCGCUGCUCCUGGAGCGCCGCCGCCCAGUGAGCAAGCGCGUGUACGCCAGCUCGACUCGCCUCAACGCCCCCAUCGCCUCAGUGGAGAAAUUCAAUGAGCUCGCGGGGGAAGUGGGGUACGAGAAGAACAUCUACGAACAGGUUUUCAAAAGCAAGGAGCAGACGGAGAGCCAGAAGUUCUUCAAGGACGUGGACAGGGUGGGGUGGGUCAAGGCGACUCAACUACGCUCCGGCAGCGGAGGCAGCGGCAGCGACUCGGAAACGGGCGCUGCGCCGUCCUUGCCUCGCCCGGCCCCGAAAUGGGUCGAGCAAGGCGUGGAUGAGAGCCUACAUCUGAAGAUGUGCCAGAGUAUUAUUGACGCCGAGGCCCCCUCCACCAUGGUCCUUGCGACUGGCGAUGGCGCCGUGGCCGAGUACUCGGACGGAUUCCUGGCCCACGUGGAACGGGCCCUGAAGAAGGGUUGGAAGGUCGAGCUCGUCAGCUGGAAACAGCAGACGAGCAGCGGCUAUAAGAACCGGAGGUUCCGGCAGAAGUGGGGUGAUCAGUUCAAGAUUAUCGAGCUCGAUAACUUCUUGGAGUAUAUGAGCGACGAGUAGUUAUGCAUAUGGCUGGUACAGUUAC